AUGUAUUUGUGUUUUAAAGCAAUCAAGGAAGGUUGGAAAAUAGGGUGUUGUAGGGUAAUUGGUCUAGAUGGAUCUUUCUUGAAAUGGACAUAUAAAGGAGAAUUACUCACAGCAAUAGGGAGGGAUGCAAACAACCAAGUUUAUCCAAUUGCUUGGGCAGUUGUUGUCAUUGAAAAUAAAGCUAAUUGGAAAUGGUUUCUGGAAAUGCUCACAGAGGAUCUUAAUCUGCUAGAUAGAGGAGGGUUUACUAUAAUUUCUUAUCAACAUAAGGAUUGCUUGAAGCAAACAAGGAAGUACUACCAAAUGUGGAGUAUAGACAGUGUGCAAGACACAUAUAUGCUAACUUUAGGAAGACCUAUUAUGGAGUGGAGUUCAAGAAUAUGUUCUGGGCAGCUUCCUUUUCAACUGGUAUUUUUUAGCACUGAUGUAGCAUGUGGGGUAGUUGAAAAUGGCAUUGCAGAGUGCUUCAACGCCAUCAUAUUGGAUGCUAGAAAGAAACCCAUUCUAGCAAUGCUUGAAGAUAUUAGGUUGUACAUGAUGGAUAGGUUCUACCAUACGUUACAAAAGGUAGAAAAGUGGGAAUCAGUGGUUUGUCCAACUGCUAUCAAGAAAAUGAACAAGUUUGGAGAGGAUUUGAGGAAUUGGAAUGUGAAUCUAAAUGGACCAUCUAUUUUUGAAGCCAUGAAUGGAUUAGAAGGGUUUAAGGCCAUAUAUGAAAACAAUAUACUACAUGUGAAUGGUAGAAAUGUAUGGCCUAGAACAUCAUACACAAAGCCUCUAACCCCUUUAGCUAGAAGAAUUCUAGGGAGACCAACUCUAAAAAGAAAGAGAGGUGGUGUCAGAGGUAGUAGAGGUGGUGCAAUGGGUAGUAGAGGUGGUAUAUGGGGUAAGAGAGGUGGUGCAGCAGGUAACACAGGUGGUGCAGAUGCAAAGGGUAACAGAGGUGGUACAAGUAGUAAAAGAGGUGGUAGGGGCAGUAAAACAUCUGUUGGAAUUGAAAGUAGUGGAGUGGCUGAAGUUGAAGGUGGUGGAGUUGAAAAUGAGGAUGCCACUAUUCCUGAAAAAUAA